ACAUUGAUUUUGGUGUCUCAUUACUGAAAAAAUAGUCAAAAAUGCCUUCAGAAUUAUUUGCUGGAAUAUUGUAGGCCAUGCCAGUAAGUCCCCAAUGCGCAGGAGCUUACAAUAUCAACUUGAUUGCUUGCUGGCUGCUGCUACUUCUUUAUCCCGCGAAAACAUAUUCGGUAGGCUUGAACAACUGUUCCUUCAUAGACGGUAAAAUAAUGGAGUUCGUCUGUCAUGGAUCGUAUGAACGAUACUUGCGGCUGCUUUAUAAGGAUCGACAUCCCGCCUUACACACGCCCUACUCUAUCUGGCAGCGGGCUGAUCAUUUUGGACCCUCAAUGCUGCUCAUCGUUUUCUACGAGGGUCCGUUGACUAACUGUUACAAUAUUGUGCUAAAUGAGGGCAAGAUCUACUGUAAUGGUCGGAACUAUCCUUUGGAGAUUGAAAGUUCCAUCCUAAUGUUUUGUAUGCCCUUUCAAUUUUCCUACGCCGACGAACUGCACAAACAGUGCAAAAAAGGUAAAAAGAAGAAGCAUUAUUCAACAACCAUUUCUUCAGUCAUCAUCUACAUGGAGUCAAAUUUAGUAGUUACUUCAAGAUCUUCCAAGUCUUUGUAUUGUUCGAAUCUUCUCGUUUUAAUUGUUUUGCUUUUACGAUUUAAAAUUAAAAUAAAAUGA